AUGUGUGAAAGAAAACUCCUAGGCCCUGAGAUUAUACAAGCCACAGUGAACAAGGUCAAUAUUAUACAUGCCAGGUUGAAAGCAACUCUGGAUAAGCAAAAGAGCUACGCGAAUGUGCGUAGAAAGGAUCUCGAGUUCGAGGUUGGUGAUCGAGUAUUCUUGAAGCUCUCUCCUUGGAAGGGCGUAGUAUGCUUUGAAAAGCGAGGGAAGCAAAGUCCUCACUACAUUAGACCGUAUGAGAUAGUAGAGAGGAUAGGUCUAGUGGCUUAUAGGAUUGACUUGCCGAAGGAGCUUUCUCGAGUCCAUGAUGUAUUCCAUAUCUCCAUGCUCCGUAAAUAUAUCUCAGAUCCAUCACAUGUGUUGGAGACACUGGAGAUUGAGUUGAGGGAUGACUUAUCUUAUGAGGAGUAG